AUUUCUGACCUCUGGGUUUCAAGAUGAAGCUAAAGACAUUAUUUGUCACUUGCUUACUACUUUGGUCACUGAUGUUACUAUCAUUAUUCAUCAUCUUCAACCACCAGCUUCUUGAUGCUAUGACCGUCAACGGUCCAAGGGAUUCAGGGAAACCAAGGGAGGAUAAACUGUUAGGAGGGCUGCUUACUGAAGAGUUUGAUGAAGGUUCUUGCUUGAGUAGGUACCAGUCUUCAUUGUACCGCAAGCCAUCACUUUACCAGCCUUCUCACUAUCUUGUCUCCAAGCUAAGAAGCUAUGAGAUGCUUCACAAGCGUUGCGGUCCAGGCACAGAAGCCUUCAAGAGAGCAGCAGAGCAGCUUGGCCAUGACCCUAGAUCCGCUGGUGAAUGCAGAUACAUUGUGUGGGUUGCUGCUUACGGGCUUGGAAACAGAAUACUAUCUCUAGUUUCUGCAUUCCUCUAUGCUCUCUUGACAGAGAGAGUCCUUCUCGUUGACCAACGCACAGACAUAACACAUCUCUUCUGUGAGCCUUUUCCUGGUACUUCCUGGUUACUCCCUCUUGAUUCUCCUUUGAUGGGUCAGUUAGAUAGUUCACGCUGUUACGGAACAAUGGUGAAGACUCAUGCCAUUAACUCGACUAUAAGAACCACCCCGUCCUACCUCAGUCUUUAUCUUAUGCACGACUAUGAGGAUCAUGAUAAGAUGUUCUUCUGUGAAAGAGAUCAGAAUCUCAUCAGACAAGUCUCUUGGCUGGUCUUCAACUCAAACAUGUACUCUGUUCCAUCUCUCUGGAUGAUCCCUAGCUUCCAAACCGAACUCAUCAAGCUCUUCCCAAAGAAAGAUACCGUCUUCCACCAUUUAGGUCGCUACCUUCUCCACCCUACAAACCAAGUAUGGGGUUUGAUCACUAGGUUCUACAACGCCUACUUAUCAAGAGCAGACGAGACACUCGGAGUUCAAGUACGAGUUCUAACCAACCCCGCCGGAUACUUGGAGCACGUCAUGAACCAGAUCCUAGAAUGCACCAAACGAGAGAAACUAUUACCUGAAGUGGCUGCCACUAAUAAUACAUCAACAAGCCCGAAGCUCAAAGCUGUUCUUGUCACAUCACUUUACCCAGAGUACUCGGAGAAGCUAAGGAACAUGUACUGGGAAAGCCCGAGUUCGACAGGAGAGAUGGUACAAGUUCACCAACCAAGCCAAGAGAUGUAUCAGCAGACAGACGAGAAGCUACACGACCAAAAGGCGUUCGCUGAGAUGUACCUGUUAAGCCUGACUGAUAAACUUGUCACAAGCGGCUUAUCUACGUUCGGAUACGUUGCUCAAGGUCUCGGAGGAUUAAAAGCAUGGAUACUCUACAGGCCAACGAACCACUCAACUCCAGACCCGCCAUGCGUUAAAGCCGUGUCGAUGGAGCCGUGUUUCCAUAGACCUCCUCCGCUCUAUGGUUGUCAAGCUGAGACAGUGAAUAGCAGCACACGUUUUGUUACGCGUUGUGAGGAGUGGAUCACGGGGAUUAAGCUAGUUGAUUCCGCAGAUGUGUUUUGA